AUGGUCCAAUUAUUCAAAAGUAAAGACUAUUCAAUUGAGGUAAUACAAACCAUGGAUGAACAUGUUGGUGCAGUUGGGCAGCUACUAUUCACCAAAGAUGGGAAGAGGCUACUAUCUUCUUCGGCAGACAGGACAGUUAUUAUUCGCGAACGAAUGACCCGAGAGGAUGACAAUGGCUCUACGGUUGCGUUCCUCCUCUCAAAAGUCAUAACACUGAAGGCGUCGCCAGUUUCGAUAGUAACUCCCCCUGGUGAUCCAGACACGCUUAUCUUAUCCACGAUAGAUCGGCUUAUACAGAGAUACCAUAUACCAUCUAGCCGUCAGGUACACUCUUUUCGUGUUCUUGACCCGGAAAGCGGUGAUACUGCUGUGAUGAGCUCUCUCAUUCUUGAAAAGGACUACCCCGAAUAUGGCCCAAGACUUCUUAUUGGCGUAUCCACAACCGAUAAAUCCAUCAGGGUAUAUGACUCGGAGAAGGAUACCCUCCUCACCCGAGAGUUUGGCCAUACUGAAGGAGUCAGUGACGUUGUCCUUCUUGAAAGCAAUGAGCCAAAUUCUACAGGCGCGAUUAAAAGGACACUCAUUAGCACCGGCUUGGAUGGGGUAAUCAUGGUUUGGAAUCUCUCUACCCAACAGCAAUAUUUGCAAGAAAGUCCGCAUCUUCUUGUCCACCCUGAAGAGGAGACUCCAACAAAGGAACUUACCGCAGCUAAACCUCCGCUCCGCCGUAUCCUUUCUAAGACCGAAUUGGCUGGUUUCCAAAAGUCUGAUAAUGUUAUGACAACACCAACCCCGGUGCGUGACUCUCCUCCACGUAUCCGCAAGAAGACCUCUAGAUAUACGCUAGGAGGUGGUUUAAAAAACGGCGUCAAUGGUGUAUCAACAGUAUCUACACCGCCUCUUCCUCCUCGCCGAUCUCCCACUGCCCCAUAUUCCGAUAGCAGAAACCAGGCCAACCGGUCUCCAUCACCACCAAGCCCCCGGCACAUGUCCAAAACAGUAGCCAACAAAACAAGCAGUGGCAGUCUGCGGGCCAAUGGCAGCGUACGCCGGCCAUCGAUGCUCGAAGUUCGCACUCGCACGUCUAGUAAACCGAACUGGAAUUCAUCUCCUAACAGCAACUCGCCUAGUGAAUUCGGAAGCCUUAACAUGUCCACCGAGCAAGUCUGCCGUACGCUCCGUGCGUAUCGCAAAAAGCUUAACGUCUCAUCUGAUAAAUUUAACCUCCAAGGAGCCAGUGAACUCGAGCGAGAACUCGAUCUGACCGUCCGUUCGUUGGGUGACAAAAUGAAGAAGACCCAACUAAACGGGACGAAAAGUGACUCCCACUCCAAUGGAAACACGCCAACUGCCUGCAGAAACAAAGAUCUUUCGCCACUAGCUUCAAAGCAAGGCCGAACAGCCCGUCGGAUACCCUCAACGCCUAAUCUAAGUCAAGCGCGGAAGUGCAAAGGACAUCGAACGAACUCACUAGACGCAGAUGGAGAAGGAUAG